UCCGGAAAUGUUCGUUGGAGACAAGUGUGACGCCAUCUCCACAUCACUACUCCAGUCUGUCAGAACACGAACUAAAAAUAAAUACAGCGAACCGAGUCUAAAAGUUCAUCUCACUUCUUCUUCUUCUUCUUCUUCUUUUUCUUCUUCUUCGUUGACAGAAUCAGUGUUCAUCUUGAUUCUCCUUCUUACAACUUAAAGAUUUGAUUGACAAUUAGGCUCUGGACUCUUUUGUUGGGAUUGGGUAAUCAAUAGAUAGAGGAAGAGGAUUAGCUGCUAAAGGUUUGUUAUUGGAUACUGUUGGAUGUUUUCUGGAUUUGUAGUGAGUUUUUUUUUAAAAAUUUAGUGAAGAUGGAUAGGCCUCGACAGAAUGAUCACUUGGGUGUGAAUAAGAUUGGGAAGAACAUCAGAAAGAGUCAUCUCCACCAACCCAGUGUCGCUGCUCAUGCUAACUUAGCCGCUGCGGCUGCGAGGCCUCAAGCGCAGCCUCAGGUUUAUAACAUAAACAGGAGCGACUUUAGAAGUAUUGUUCAGCAGCUUACUGGCUCUCCAUCACGAGAAAGCCUCCCUCGGCCUCCGCAGAACAACUCACCAAAGCCUCAGAAUACCCGGUUGCAGAGAAUUAGACCACCACCCUUAAUGCAAAUCAACCAGCCUGGGGCUCCUGUACAUCAUCAUCAUCCUCACAGCUUAAUGAGACCACCUCCACCCCAAUGGCAUAUGCCACAAGUCGCACAACAACAACAACCAAUGAUGGGCGGGGACCAGUUUGGGUCUAAUACAACUGAAUCUCCCCUCUCAGGUUAUAUGCGUUAUCUUCAAAGUCCACUUGGUGAUGCAGGUCCUAGUGGUAACCAAAUGCAGCCGCCAGGUCAUGAACAUCAGCCUUAUAUGCCGGCUCAUGAACAACCUCCAUAUAUGCUAGCUCAGCCUCAGCCUCAGCCUCAACCAUAUAUGCCAGGUCACGAAAAUCGGCCUUAUAUGCCGGCUCAGGCUCAGUUUCAACCUCAGCAAUAUAUGCCAGGUCACGAACACGGGCCUUAUAUGCCAGCUCAGCCUCAAUCUCAACCUCAACCUCAGCCAUAUAUGCCAGGUCAUGAACAUGGGCCUUAUAUGUCAGCUCAACCUCAGUCUCAACCUCAGCAAUAUAUGCCAGCUCAGCCUCAGACACAACCAGAUCCAUAUAUGAUGCAUGGAUCGCAACCUCAAAUGAAUAUGCAGGGGCCACUGCAACCUAGUCAGUAUCCACCACCACCGGGGCUAGUUCCUAGCCAAGUGUCUCGUAAUCUUCCUCCCCCUCAGUUCAAUGGUCCUGUACCUGUGACACCCGCUCUACCCUCGCCAAGUUUCAAUCAGAUGUAUAAUGGUUUUCAUUCUCCUCAGUAUAACGGUUUCGGAUCACUACAGUCACCUACAUCUCAGUUUGGUCUGCCAUCUCCUACCUACCCGAAUAUGUUAUCUCCUCGAUCACCUUACCCAUUGCUGUCACCAGGAGUUCAGUAUCCUCAACCACUCACCCCAAACUUCUCGUUUUCACAACUAGCUCAAUCAGGAAGUAGUGGACCUGGUGCUGGUCCAGGUCUUCCUCAGCCACCUCCAUCUCCAGGGCUCGUGUUCCCUUUAUCUCCAGGAUUAUUCCCACUCCCAAGUCCAAGUUGGGGUGAUUACUAGGCUGUGCUUCUCUAUCCGUAAAUCUCAUCAUGUUUUUUUUGUGUCAAGUCUGCCUAGGUUAGUCUGUACUAUGAAAGAAGCUUAAUCUUGAGAGUCUACAGUAGAAUAGACGCAGCCGCAUAGACGUGUGAAACGCAAAAAGGUGCUUUUAAUACAUUUUUUCCUCUGUUACUUUUGGGGAUUCUUAUAGGUUAAAGCUUUACUUAAAAAUCAUAGGAUGAUGAAUUGAUGACGAUCAUUACAUUUCUUUUGUUUUUCACAGAAUUUGCUGUAUUGUGGGAAUUUGUACACAAAGUAGAAACAAAACUCUGUCAAUUUAUAUGAUUUUUUGGUGUUUCUAAAGCAUGUA